CUAAAAAAAAAGUAAAUUAAAAUUACACUGAAAGAAUUUGCAGUUUGGAAAAAGUUCAAGUUUUAUAGAACCAAAAAUUUUACCAAAAGAAAAAUCAAUAGUUAAAAUGGUGAAAGUGUUGUUUUGUGUGUUUUUAUUUGUUUUUGUGAGAGCGGUCGAAUAUUCUAAAGCGGGAGAAGGAUAUCCUGUAGGAUUCAUUUCUGAUUGUCCAGGCUCCUCAAAACCAGCAGACAUAAAACCCAAGUCCCUGGAAAAGCUGUUCAUCUCAGUCCUCAACCCCGGGAACGUCUUCAAAGCCAAGUGGACCCCAUACAACUAUUACCAAAUGCCGCAGUUGGCCAAGCAUCCGGAGAUAGACUUUACUAAGAAAACGUUUCUGUAUGUUGGUGGAUAUCUAGAUGGGACCGGGUUGCCUGUUGGGAGGACCAUGGGAAUGGUGUAUAAGGAGCUGGGGUACAAUGUUCUGCUGUUGGACUAUUUGGAGUUCACUGCGAAGGAUUUUCCUGUAGCGGUUCGUCUCACCAGACCAGUAGGAAAGCAUGUCGCUGAAAUGCUGGCGAACCUUACAACCCUAGGCCUAGACCCGAAAAACCUGGAGCUGGUUGGCUUGAGCCUUGGCGGGCAGACCAUGAGUUUCAUCGCGAAGAACUACCGACAGAUCACGGGAGACAUCUCUUCACUCACUGGACUCGAUCCUACAGGGCCCUGUUACAGGCAUCUAGGACCAGACCAAAGAUUAGACCCAUCUGACGCAGACUUCGUCAAAGUCGUUGCUACAAACAUAGAUGGCUACGGCAUAGCUACUCCAGUCGGACAUAUAAUAUUCUAUGUGAACGGAGGAGAAUUCCAACCUGGAGACAUCUGGUGGCUUCCCUGCGACGUAACUUGCAGCCAUGUCAGAUCUUACUUCCUUUGGCUUUCAGCGCUGUUAAACCCUGGACUUUUCAUUGGCAUGCAAUGCGAUUCAAUACAGCAGGCGCGGGAAGCUAACUGCUAUGACAGAAAACCAGUGGUUACGAAUACAUUGGAUUUGUUUACGGAUAGAAGUAAACCAGGGAUAUAUUAUUUGACAACGGCUCAUAGGUAUCCGUAUGGUUUAGGGAAGAGUGGACUGAAGAGGAGUGGUGAGAAAAUUUUGAAGCAUUUGGCUUCGUUAAAUACUGCUGACACUUUAUGGGUAAAAUAAAUGUUUUAGUCUGGCUUCAUCAGUACUCUGUAGUUUGUGCUUCCACCUGAAACGUCCGUGGGAAAUUUCACCCCCUGGGGGCCGAUUUUUGAGUCUCACUGUCACUAAAAUACCGGUUGAAAACGGUGAAUUGCCUAUUAUUUUCAGUGACAAUUUUCUGAAUUCGAACGCCGUGAGACUCAAAAAUCGGUCCCCUAAAGGGGUAAUUUUCAUAGGCAUAGUUAACAACUGUACUUUAAGAAUUUUAAUGAUUCACGGUUAUUUUCAUUAGACUUAUAUUGACCGGAAUUGAGCCUUCAGUUUUCCGUGAUCAUGAUGCAUGCAACUGCGUCGCAAUAUUGUGAGCUCGGCAAAAAUCAAAAAGGUAAUCCGGUCAAUAUAAGUCUAACUGUAUUUUAUAUAAAUUUUACCAGACUUAAAAUGAUUUCCCUCGACCUCCAAGGUAACUAAAGAAGAAGCAAGAAGUGUUUGUUUCAUAAUAUAAUAGUAAUUUUAUAAGUUG